UGAGUGAGUGCACAUCACAGGAAAUACGUCUGGUGACCUCUAAGAACCUGAGCAACAAAAAGGAUUCAGCAGCUGUCUGCAGGAGACGCCUCUUUGUCUACUUUCAAUGUGAAAAUCUGAUGAUAACAAAGCUUUGGAGUUAUUCUGUGCCGUCAGUAGAAGCAGAAGAGGUGCUGCUGACAUCAAGCUGAACUUCAUGUCUAACUGAUCUUCCACCUGCUUCAGUAUCUCCUGCUGAACCAGUUUCUCCAGCGGUUUCAUCAGCAGCGAGGAGGAGAACUCUCCACCUCUGGACUGUUUAAGGAUUAGAAACGUUGCUGCAGCUGACUCAGACCCGGAGAGGUGAAGAUGAAGAAGUCGGAGAUGUUCGGCAUAACUCUGGAGGCCGAUGACCGGACAGAGGAGGAGAGGUCGCGGGGUAAAGUGGGGAAGAAGGACGGUCUGGUUUCUGCUCUGAGCUCGAGCAAAGAUGGACCCAAAGUACCAAUGGACACGGAUUACGAGGAGGAACUGGAGGAGUCAAAGCAGAACAGAUUCGAUCUCACCUUUGACAAAGGAAUUCGAGGUUUGGGAGAGCCGUCUGGAAGCAGAGAGGGCAAGCUGUUUACCCUCGACAGGCUGUUUGAAGCGGCGGGCAGCGGGGACGUGAUGAAGCUGGACGGUCUGCACCAGUACCUCCACUGCAACAUGCAGAAGCUCAGUGACAUGCUGUAUCAGUCGUAUGGCAAAACACCGCUGAUGAAGGCUUUACUGCACCUCACUGACGGGAAGAACAGUACAGUGGAGUUUUUCCUGGAAAUUUCCAACCGGAUGGGCGACAUUAAGGAAUUUGUGAACAAAGCCUACACCAGUAACUACUACAAAGGUCAGACGGCGCUCCAUAUCGCCGUGGAGAGGAGGAGUCUGUUUUACGUCAGACUGUUGGUCAGUAAAGGAGCUGAUGUUCACGCCAGAGCCUGUGGGAAGUUCUUCCAGCUGCACGAUGAGCCCAGUUUCUACUUCGGGGAGCUCCCGCUGUCACUGGCCGCCUGCACCAACCAGCCCGACGUGGUGGACUUCCUGAUGGAUAACGAGUACCAAAGGGCAGAUGCAACGCAGACUGACUCUCAAGGCAACACAGUGCUGCACACCCUGGUGGCGUUGGCCGACAACUCCAAGGAAAACACGGACUUCGUCACCAACAUUUAUGACCGCAUCCUCACCAUCACCAUCCGCCUGCACCCCAAGCUGCAGCUGGAGGACAUCGAGAACAAAGACGGCCUGACCCCUUUGAAAAUGGCAGCCAAGACUGGCAAAAUUGGGUUGUUCUCACACAUUCUGAAACGUGAGUUCCAGGACAGUCACACCAAACACUUGUCCCGUAAGUUCACAGAGUGGAUCUAUGGGCCCGUCCACUGCUCUCUGUAUGACCUCACCUCUGUAGAUUCUUAUGAAACAAACUCCGUCCUGGAGAUUCUGGUGUACGGCAGCGACAUUCCUAACCGACACGAGAUGCUCCAGACAGAACCUCUGAGCCAACUGCUGGAGGAGAAGUGGAAAAUGUUUGCAAGUCGAAUAUUUUUCUUCAACUUCAUUGUCUACAUCUUGUAUUUGAUGGUUUUCACAGUUGUAGCCUACAAUAAGAAGGAUGGACAGCUGUCGGUUCCGGUCGAGCACACGGCAGAGAGUUACCUGUAUUUGUCAGGCCAGCUGGUGAUGGCACUGGCGUCCUGCUUUUUCUUUUUCGUAGGGAUCAUUGACAUGAAGAGGAAACGACCAAAGCUGAAGACGCUGCUGAUUGAUGGAUAUUACGACAUUCUUUUUUUUUUGCAGGCCAUCCUGUUUCUGGUCUCGGCCGGUUUGUAUCUGGGGGGGCGGCCGGAGUACCUCAGCUUUUUGGUGCUGUGUUUGGCUCUGAGUUGGGUCAAUCUGUUGUACUUCUCCAGAGGAGACAAACACAUGGGCAUCUACAGCGUGAUGAUACAGAAGAUGAUCCUCAGUGACAUUCUUCGGUUUCUUUUUGUCUAUGUCGUGUUCCUCUUUGGAUUCUCAGCAGCCGUGGUCACUCUGCUCAUUGAGCCUGAGAAGAAGAACAUCACGCCGACACAGAAGUCCCGCAUUUUUAGUACCACUGGCCCCGGCGAGGAGUGCGUCAAACCCACGUUCAGGGACAUCUCCUACACCACGCUGCAGCUCUUCAAGUUCACCAUUGGUAUGGGUGACAUGGAGUUCACAGAGGGCUACCAGUACAAGGUGGUGUUCUACAUCCUCCUGAUCGGCUACAUCAUCCUCACCUACAUCCUGCUGCUCAACAUGCUCAUCGCCCUCAUGAACCGCACCGUGGAGAAGAUCACCAUGGAGAGCGCCAGCAUCUGGAAGCUGCAGAGAGCCAUCACCAUUCUGGACAUGGAGCGGCGGCUCCCUCACUGCGUCAGGACGCGGCUUCGCUGUGGGGUGGAGAAAAACGUGGGUGUAUCUCCUGGAGAGGAUCGACGGCGCUGCUUCAGAGUGGAGGAAGUCAACUGGAACAAAUGGAACAUCAACGUCGGCAAAAUCAACGAGGAUCCUGGCUGGAGUGAUGGAGGCCGACAACCUGCCACAGUCAGUACGACGCGCAGCGCCAGAACAGGGAGGAGCUGGAGAGGCUUUUUCUCAGAGAGCAGGAGGAACCAGACCCAUCAGUCCACAGAGCUGAGCCCUCUGACCACCACGCCGCUUUAAAGGGGCUGAGCUCCAUGUGCAUGCAGGCAGACCUCAACCACAAGCUCCAACCUAAAGGCUUCUGCUGGAAAUCGAACUGCCAACGUUUUCAGUGUCCUUCAUCAACCAACGUCACAUUAAAACAGUCAGACCUCUGAGAGCUGCACUCACCUUUGACCUUUGCUUCUUUUGAGAGAAAUCUUUAUCUGUAAAUGUUGUUUAAAGAUGUAUGACAGGAAGGCGUAAAAAUCUGCCACCAACAGACACUGACUGCAACAACCCAACAUCUAACAAAAGUUUGUCUAAUUUCUACUCAGAAUAACUAAACUGCACUUUAUCUAGUAAGUAGUAAAAUCUCUGUGACAUAUGGGACCUGUUAUUAGAAACAUCUUCUUCUAGUUUGGAGUCAUGAGAGCUUCAUGUGUUCUCUGUAGCCGAUUAUUCCAGUGAGGGGUCACGGCGGGCUGGAGCCUGUCCCAGCGGUCGGGGGGGGGGUGUUCACCCUGGACUGGACAAGCGUCCGUCUCAGGACCACACAUAGAACAUAGACAAACACUUUCACACACACCUACAGUAGUGUUCAGAAUAAUAGUAGUGCUAUGUGACUAAAAAGAUUAAUCCAGGUUUUGAGUAUAUUUCUUAUUGUUACAUGGGAAACAAGG